AUGGAUUCCAUAGUGAAAGAUUCUUCUCCAUCAUAUUCGAUGGUUAAUCAGGGAGAUUCUGAUUUUGAGAAAGGUCGCACGAGCACAUCUGACGAACCACGUUCAGAACUCCCCGUUAAGGUCGCAACUCCCGAAAUAAUCGAAAAAAUGAGUAAAAUGCGGAUAGAGGACUGCAGAUCAACUGAGCGUGGACGCAAUAUCUUACAUGAAUAUUUGGGCAUGGCGAAGCACUGUGCUAGGUGGGUGCCGCUUUUGUUAACAGUCGAUCAAAAAUCUUCGACAACGCACCUCCCCAUAGGUCGGUCGUGGCGAUGGCUAAAAUCAACGAAUUGA